UCUUUGUCCGGGAUGCGGCUGCGCAAUGCACCCAGAGGAAGCUGCUUGUCCUAGCAAUAUGGCUGAAUUGUCAUCAGUACUGAAGCGGCUCUGCAGAGUGGUGCUCUUCCUCUCACAGCUGUACGUGUUCUCCGGGCGCGGAUCAUUGAGCUUUGAGCACUUCCAAGCUGCUGCACAGGCCCUAAAAGACCAGCCCCUGUCAUCUUCUGUUCCACCCAGCACCAAAGUUACAGACGUCACCCUUACACCUGAUUAUAUAGCUAAAUGUCCAAGCAAUGACCUCUGCACCAAGUUACCUGCUGACUGUAUGAAAUGCAAUACAAACAAAACUUGUACUUAUGGAAAACUCGAUAUUUAUAACUGUACAGCCAAACCCCAUGUCAUGUGUGUGGAUGACAACCAUCAGAAACAGGAAAAUUUCACGAUCAGUAUGACCUGUCAGUUUUGCUGGCAGCUCCUGCCUUCUGACUAUGAGUGCAGUAAAUCUAAUUCAAGUAUCUGCAAGACCGUGGCCUGUCCUCGACAACGUUACAAUGCCACCUGCACUGUCAAGGACCAUGUGCAUUGUUUAGGUCGGCGUGUGUUCCCAAAGAUGUUAUAUUGUAACUGGACUGGGGGUUACAAGUGGUCCACAGCACUUGCACUAAGUAUCACACUUGGAGGAUUUGGUGCCGAUCGUUUUUACCUGGGCCAAUGGAGAGAAGGACUAGGAAAGUUAUUCAGUUUCGGAGGCCUGGGAAUUUGGACUUUGAUAGAUGUGUUUUUAAUUUGUGUUGGGUAUGUUGGACCUGCAGAUGGAUCUCUUUAUAUUUAGCACAUUGGCUCCAAAAGAGAGAACAAGCCUCAGCUUUUCAGAACGCUUCAGUUUGUUCUUAUUUUGUAUAUUUUAUAUGAUGUACGGUAUCUGUACUUUUCAUUGAGGUCAAAUUGGCUCAAAGAACUUUGAUGCUUCUUGGAACUUUAACUAGAAAAUGUCACUUCUCUUUUCUUUAAUAACUACAAUAGUGUUUGCACAGCUAAAUGACAAAAGAAAAGUGUUUCUCU